ACAUCGCCCCAGCCCCAAGUCCAAAGCCGCGAGAGGCAGGGGCGCAGCAAAACCCUAGCCGCCUUCCCGUCCUUUUCCUUUCAUAAACCCCAAGCCGCGCCGCAAUAGCUCGCCCCCUCGUUCGCCGCCUCUCCUGCUCCUACCGCAGCUCUCCCUCAGGUUUAGUGUUCGCAAUGGCGGCCUUCAACAAGCUUGGUGGCCUUCUAAGGCACAGUGCUCUGGUGAGCGGUAUCACUGGUGGCUCUUCUCCUGCAGUGUUCAAUGCUGCACGGCUCAUGUCUACCAAGCUAUUUAUUGGUGGUCUUGACUGGGGUGUUGAUGACGUGAAACUAAGAGAAGCAUUUAGCAGCUUUGGAGAGGUUACUGAAGCGAGGGUGAUCACAGACAGGGAGACUGGGAGGUCAAGAGGCUUUGGCUUUGUGAACUACUCCGACAGUGAUGCUGCCAAGGAAGCUAUUUCUGCAAUGGAUGGCAAGGAAAUUGAUGGGCGGCAGGUACGUGUCAACAUGGCUAAUGAGAGACCUGCUGGGAACCGUGGUGGUGGCGGCUAUGGUGGCGGCGGCUAUGGAGGUGGUGGCUACGGAGGUGGUGGCGGCUACGGAGGUGGUGGCUAUGGUGGUGGCAGCCAAAGCUAUGAUGCUUGAGGGGGGCAGGAUCCUAUUAAGUGCAUUAUCAACCAAGAUAUUUGAAAUAAUGAACUUUAGGACUUGGUAUGACGUUUUAUGUUAAGCAUUGUCAGGUUUUGCUAUUCGUGUUAUGCUGAAUUGUUGGAACUCCUAGAUGCAGAAUAUUACGUAUUGGUUUUGGUUCCUUCGAGAAGUGCAAAUGCAAGACGCAUCUAUUCCCAUUGAGUGAA